UUGGUCCCUAUUUUAUUUGCUUUGCUUCACGACUCCUUUCUUUCCUUUGCAGCCGACAAGCAGACGCAGAGAAAUUGCCACCUGGGUAUGGAUACGGAGGGGAAUGAAAGUGGCAGUGAGAGGCGGCAGUGCGAGGGGCAGGAGGAGAGAAUCGCUGCCAUAGAGGAAGUGAUGGGCGCAAACCAGCAGCGAUGGGGCGACAGCGAGAAGCAAAUGGACGCCCUCGAGAUCGACGCCCACAUCAGCGCAAAGGAGUUUGACACAAAAAUCGAUACCCUGACCAAAGUGAUGUUCGUCCUGUUCCUCCAAUCAAAUUACUCCACCGAGAUCUCCGCUCUGCAAGAAGAGAUCGCCAGAGUGCAGGAGAUGAGCCAGGCCGGUCUCUUAAUAUCCCGGGGGCUGAGAGACUAUAAACUGCCGGAGUUGGUGCAAAGACUGAGCGACUUUAAGAAAGAGACAGCGCAGACCAUGGGGACCCACAGCGCCGGAAUCUCUGCCCUGGAAAAGAAAUUAUAUUAUAUAAUCGACCUUUAUAUGGAAAGCAGCAAACGUCACGUGACUAUGAACCAACGCGCAGCAGAAAUAAAGGAAGAUAUUUAUUUUCUGAAGAAAAUCAUCUUUGGACUCGUCAUUAUCGUCGUUACUGUCCUCUGCCUGAUUAUAUGGCCCAGCCGAGGGGCCGCACCAAAACGGACCCCCCGUUAUUAGGGAACAGUUCCCACUUGUACUAAGUUUCUAUUUAUUGGGCGGGAAUAUUUCCUAUUUACCUUUUCACUAUAUUUCAUAUUAAAGGCUGUAUUUUCUGAGAGUCCCAUAGCAACCAAUCAGUGACUGGGUCUUUUCAGCAAGCUGCAGGUUGAACAAUGAAAGCAAACA